UUCAAUGAUGUAUUUAUUUAUUAUCUUAUACAAAGAAUGGAAGUAAAUUAUUGGAACUUCUCUACUGAAUUGGAUAUCGGAAUGACUUUUCACGAAAGCCGAAUUCUUUGUCUUGUCAAGGAAACCUUGGGUUGGAAAAUGAAGAAAAUCUGCGGUUUUGUUUUCUUUGGAAUAUUGAUUGAAGUGGUUCCAACAUUGAGUUUCAGUUCAGCAAAAUACGUCUGGCCGUUGACUGAUUCUACAUAUACCUACGAAAUAAAGAAUUCCAAAGCUGGAGACUACACUCAAUGUGGAUUCCACUUCGCGGGUAACCAUCCUUCGUUUGCGGGACCCCCACUACAGUUAAAUGGUUAUACAUAUCCUUACAUAGACAUUGACAUUGACAACAGUAACGAGUUUAAAUCGUUUUCUUUCGCAUUGUCAGUUAAUAUCGCUGGUUCAGUUGGAUGCAUUUUCCAUUUCAAGUCCACGACAACGGGUUCUAACGUCAUCACGGACGUCAGUGUCUGUGUUAAUGGUACCUCACUCCAGAUGGAGGUGACAUCAUCAACAGGAGUAUCAACUGCUUCACUAUCGCCGUCUACGUUUCAAGGUCAAUGGUUUGUGGUGCAGGCAGGAAGAAACUUUGAUAAUACAGAGAUGAAGUUUAUGUCAAGCUACAGUGGCGAUACUGCUUUAGUUUCUGAUAUUCAUGGCUCUAAAAUCUUGGGACUGCCAGGGACUUUUCGAAUCGGAGCUAAGCACGACAUGACUAUGGCGUUAUCAUUAGAAGUGACAUGUUUCACAAUGUACGACGUUACAACAAAUGCGGCAAGUGCUGUAACAGAUAUUGAAAGUCAAUGCAAAUCACCCCCUUCAGUAUCAGGUCUCCCUACCCCAUCGGCGGGUUGCCCUGUCGCAGACACGACACAGCCUCCGUCUGCCACCACAGCUGCUACGUCUCAAUGCACAAGGACAAGUUCUGCAUUUCCUAAUCAACGAAAUGGAUUCUUUAUUCUCACAGUUAAAGACAAGACUUAUUCCGAUCCAGCCAACCUAAUAGCAACCUUUAGUGUUUUCAACAUCCGACACUGUGCUGAAUUGUGUUUAAGAUAUAAUCAAUGUUUUUCAUUUCUGUUAAAGAGGAUGGAUGUAGAACUUUCAAAUUGUACCUUGUUUAAAACUCGUUCUCCGUCCAAUUCUGGGCCAUUGUUGAGUAGUAACUUGUAUGCGGUAAAGUGUCAAUAAGAUGAGAUAUACUAGAUGUUUUCCCUACAUAAUUCAUUACGCUGGAACUCAAGACCACCCCCUUUUUUUCUUAAUCGGUUAAGCAUUAAUUACAGGUUGGCACCACCUGAUUUUGUUAUUGUGCUUUUGGGUAAAAAAAAAAA